GGUAACGAACGUACAAUGCGUGGUUCAUCGUCAGUCCACAGGAUCCCGGUGCUCUCCUCCACACUUGCCCUGUGUAGAUCUCACCCUCGUGAAGCUUGUUUGAAGUGUCUGCCUUCGUGUGACCGCGACCGCAUGAUGGCAGCGUUCAAGGGCAUCUGGACCAAGAGUUUCUGGAGGGCGGUCUCCGGGGAGUUCCUGGCGACCAUGAUCUUCGUCCUCCUGGGCCUGGGCUCCACCAUCGGCUGGUCGGCGGGCGAGGAGAAGCCGCCGCCCGCCGACCUGGUGCUCAUCUCCCUGUGCUUCGGGCUGACCAUCGCCACCAUGGUGCAGUGCUUCGGCCACAUCAGCGGCGCCCACAUCAACCCCGCCGUCACGGCCGCCAUGGUGUGCGCCCGCAGGCUCAGCCUGGCCAAGGCCGUCUUCUACCUGGCCGCCCAGUGCCUGGGGGCCGUCGCCGGCGCCGGCAUCCUCUACCUGGCCACGCCCGGCAGCGUGAGAGGAGCCCUGGGCGUGACUACGGUCAACUCCAACAUCUCGGUUGGCCAGGGCUUCUUGGUGGAGCUCCUGAUCACGUUCGAGCUGGUCUUCACCGUCUUCGCCACCUGCGACCCCAAGCGCACCGACCUCAGCGGCUCGGCCGGCCUGGCCAUCGGCUUCGCCGUGGCCAUCGGGCACAUGUUUGCGAUCCCUUACACUGGAGCCAGCAUGAACCCCGCGCGCUCCUUUGGGCCCGCAGUCGUCACAUGGAGCUGGAAAGACCAAUGGGUGUACUGGGUGGGCCCCAUCCUGGGUGGGAUCAUGGCCGCCGGCCUCUACGAGUACCUGUACUGCCCCGACCCAGAGCUGAAGAGCCGUUUCGGGGGAGUCUUCUCCAAGGACGCCUCCGGGAAAUACAGAGAGGCCGAGGGCCUGGUGGAGAAGGUGACGGCGGUCCACACCGUGGACUUGGAGAAGGGGGAGAAGAAGGACUCCUUCAAAGACCCGUCCAGCGACGUCCUCUCAUCGGUAUGACUACCAAGAGCACUGGAGAUGGAGACCAACCUUUGAACCUCUGCCACUUUUCUAGUCCCUGCCUAAAAGAGUUAACUCCGCCUCUUUCUCCCGUAGGUGGGGAGAGCCUAGCCAGGCACACACUGAUUGGUUGGCUCACUUUACACAGCAGCAUGGAAACCUAUCACUUUUGGGGGGGGGGAAAUACUGGCACAGUGGGAAACCAGAAAGAGCAUACAGUUCUGACCAGUGAAAUCGACCAGCAGCGUACAACAUUUACAAAUUUUCAACCCGCAUUUUGUUGAAAUGUGUCUCAGAUUUCACACGAUAAUAUCAUUACUUUAUUUACAGAGAAAUGAAAUGCUACAAUAUGGAUCCAGCCCUAAUAAAAUCAGAAUAUUAAUAAUCAAUAUAUGAGCAGGUAUGUAAACAUUGCCUGCAUGCAAUAAAAUAUGUGGGACAUUCAAGUAAAGAUGGUCUUAAUGGCUGCGGAGUAAAGUACAGAUUCCAUGCUGUUAUUAUCAGAGGGAAGUACAGAUUCAUAUUCAUUGUAAUUCUGUACUUUAUUGGUUAAUCUCCAUUUCCAGUGCGCAAGUCUAUUCCAUUUUUUAAAGCUGGCUUUUCUUUAAUAGCAAUGUACUUUACUAAAGCAAAUUUUGAUAUGCAAUUUAGUAUGCAAUGAUAGUUCGUUUGAAAAUGAAAAAUACAUUUUUUCCAAUUGUAUUUAUCGCAGCUAAAUAUUUAUUGGUAUGUUUAUCCUGUAAAUAUUCUUGUAUUUUAAAAAAGGCUUAUGGUCCAUGUUGGCGCAUUGCUUGGCUUCCUCAAUUUUUAGCCAAUUAUCUUCUUAACUUUCAUGUUCACCAUUGCUAGACUUUACGGUCCAAUCGAAUUUGGCUGCUCUACCAUAAAUCUGUAACAGAUGAAUUGCAAUUUGACAUUGUAAACAUCUGUGAACGCAAGCUCUGCUUAGCAUUUCAAUGUCUUUAUAACUGUGUUAUGCUUUCUUUUACAAAUACAAGGCUCGUUUUUAUUCCAAAACAUGAAUAAAUAUCUAAAUAUUAGCAAAUAUAGUAUUAAAAUGGAAGUCAGUGCUAACAUUGCAACAGUGCUGUAACUGUGUAACUGUGGAGUUUCUCCAUCUGGCUACCCGGGGUUACUUCAGUAACUCCUUUCAAUUUUUAUUCCAUCGAAAUGUAUUAUGUUAUCAUUGUUAUAAAGAAUAAUGUCAAAAUAUAAAUAUUGUAUUAAUGUGUUCAAUAAAUUGUUCAUUCAAAA